UCUCUACUCUUGAAUUAAUUUUUCUCUUCUCCUAACUCUCUCCCUUCAUAUACUCACACGUACACUCAAUUUCCAACAACUCCUAACCACAAACAUUCCCAUUUUGUCGCUAAUAUUAUUACUACGUACUUCUCUUCCACUCAAACAACCAUUUUCUACCUUUUAAUUUGUUUCUUAGAGACAUAAACACAAAAACACACUCACACAUAAUCAAACAAUGGCUUUGUUUGACCAAUCAUCUCGUCACUCUCUUGUCCCCGUAUAUCUUUACUCAUCAAAUGCACUCUCUUGUCCCAUUAAUCAUGCAGGGUUGCCAACAUCAUCGCAUUCUUCAUCACUACCACCACACGACUAUACUAGGAAAAAUGUUCCUAUGAUCCCUUCGCCAAACGAGGGAAUCCGCAUGUUUUCUCCUUCUUACUAUGCUGCAUGCAGUGCCGGUGGCGUUUUCAGCUGUGGUCUUACACACAUGGCUGUCACUCCUCUUGAUCUCGUCAAGUGCAACAUGCAGAUUGACCCUGCAAAGUAUAAGAGCAUCAGUUCAGGAUUUGGAGUUUUACUUAAGGAGCAGGGUGUUAGAGGUUUCUUCAAAGGCUGGGUGCCAACUUUGCUUGGUUACAGUGCUCAAGGAGCAUGCAAGUUUGGAUUUUACGAGUUCUUCAAAAAGUAUUACUCAGAUCUUGCUGGACCAGAGAAUGCAGUCAAGUACAAAACUUUCAUAUAUCUAGCUGGUUCUGCUUCAGCAGAAGUUAUUGCUGAUUGUGCACUUUGUCCUAUGGAGGCUGUCAAAGUUCGUGUACAAACUCAGCCUGGCUUUGCUCGUGGUUUGUCUGAUGGGUUACCCAAGUUUGUCAAGGCUGAUGGUGUUUCUGGGUUGUAUAAAGGACUUGUUCCUCUUUGGGGCCGUCAGAUACCAUACACAAUGAUGAAAUUUGCUUCGUUUGAGACUAUUGUGGAGAUGAUCUACAAACACGCCAUUCCAACCCCCAAAGAUCAAUGCAGCAAAAAUAAGCAGCUUGGAGUGAGUUUUGCAGCAGGAUAUGUUGCAGGUGUACUGUGUGCAAUUGUUUCACACCCUGCUGAUAACCUCGUUUCCUUCCUCAACAAUGCCAAGGGAGCCACUGUUGGCGAUGCAGUGAAGAAGAUAGGGGUAGUUGGUCUUUUCACUCGUGGCCUUCCUCUUCGUAUAGUUAUGAUUGGAACACUAACUGGUGCUCAGUGGGGUCUCUAUGAUUCAUUUAAAGUAUUUGUAGGGCUGCCAACUUCUGGUGGAGCUGCUCCUGCACCUACAAAAUAGAAACCAUUCAAACAACACAUGCCUGGUUAUGCAGAAGAGAAUUUAUUUUGACAGACAAAUAAUGUUAGGUUUUUAAUGCUCCUUAGCUAUAGCAGCUUUACCAAAAAAAAAGGCAUUUAGUAUAUUAUUAAGAGAAUUUUCAAAUUUUAUCGUUCAUUUAACUUUUUUCAAUUGGUAUUUCAAUAUGUUUGCCUAGUUGUCAAUGUAACAAUAGGUUUGAAAUUUUCUAAGUUAACUACAUAUAUAAUCUUGAAGUUGG